AUGCAUAUAUCACAGACUAUCCUCGUAGCCGAUGACCACUCGCUGAUCAGGCGGGCGACCACUAUAAGCCUGAAGGAUCUGAUGCCGCAAUCAACCAUCUAUAAUGCGGAGGAUUUUGAAGAAGUGGUUCGUUUAAUAGAUCAGCACCGCUUUGACCUGAUCAUCCUCGACAUUAGCAUGCCGGGCGGCGAUAGCCUCAAAAUGCUGGACGUGAUCUUCCGGAAAGACCGGUCAGUGAAGGUCUUGAUCCUUUCCGGGCUUGAUGAACAGUUGUAUGCGAUACGUUAUAUAAAGGCCGGCGCUCAUGGCUACCUGCAUAAAACCGCCAAGGAAGAAGAUUUUGCCGUAGCCGUAAAAACGGUGAUGAAGGGCGAGCAAUAUUUAAGUGCUGCGGUAAAAGAUAAGCUGAUCAAUAAUAUCUUUUAUGGAGAUCCCGUAUCCAGCGGCUUUAACCUAUUGUCGGACCGUGAGCUGGAAGUAGCCGGGCUGCUGACCAAGGGCGUUGGGCUCAAGGAAAUAUCAGCCGUGCUUAAUCUUCAUGCUGCAACCGUAAGCACGUAUAAAAGCAGGAUCUUUUCCAAACUGGGCAUUAAUAACCUGGUAGAGCUGAUUGAAAAAAUGCGCCUGCACGAGCAUCAAUAA